AUGUUACGGAUGAAAAUGCGACUGAAAACCCGAAUUUUAACUUUGGUGACGAAGAACUCACACUUAAGUGACGGAAAGUCGCCACGUCAAAACUUUCAGGGGUUUGUGGUAGAUUACUUUACUUGGCGUGUUAGGUUGAAUGGCGAUGAAUGGUACGAUCGACCUUUGCUACCGUAUGAGAAUAUAUCAGAAUAUGCUAUCAUGAGGGAAGUCGGGUUAAUUUUCGAAAAAAAAUAUGAAAAGGAAUUAAAAGAAAUGGUUAAGGAACUGUCUAGUGACAGAUAUCUUACCUUUCAUCGCUAUGUUGAGGUUGUCGAGGAGUUUUUUCGUGUGCAAGAUGAGGUGUCAACCCAAUUGUCGUAUGGACAUUUGAUUACUUUAAUUUCCUUUGGUGGACUUAUGGCUGCCGAACUGGCACGAAGGAACGCUCGUGCAGAAAUUGGUUGUAUGGCGAUAUAUACUUCUAAAUUUUUAGCAAAACGUGUUAAACUGAGUUGGGAAAAGGACGGAAAAUCAUGGGUGAAUGCUUAA